AGUUACGACGCACAGUAAACAGCACCAAAACGUUAAUUAAAAAUGGGGAAGUUUAUUAUGGUUUCGAGGGGCGUUUAACCCGUUUUGGUCCCUCUCGAAUUACACCCGUACUCCCCGAAGUACAUCGAAAAAGCGUGUUGCUGCCACCAGCAGUUGCUGCCGAUUUUUUUUAUUUCCGAGUUAGGGCUGGAAGGCCGAGUGUGUAGAAAGUGCGGCUCCGGUUGGGGCGCUCGUCAGGGGGAAGAGAGAUGGCGUGUUUGUUGGAGGCCCCACUCCGCAUCAGCGUGUUGUCUGAGGUCACCGCCACCAGUCGCCAUUAUGUUGACAGAUUGUUCGACCCUGACCCGCAAAAAGUACUACAGGGAGUCAUUGACAUGAAGAAUGCCGUAAUUGGAAACAACAAACAGAAAGCCAACCUGAUCGUGCUGGGAGCUGUGCCCAGGCUCCUGUACCUGUUGCAGCAGUCCUCGUCCAGCGCGGAGCUGCGGACGGAGUGUGCGGUGGUGCUGGGCAGCUUGGCCAUGGGCACGGAGAACAACAUCAAGUCCCUGGUGGACUGCCACAUCAUCCCAGCCCUGCUGCAAGGUCUGCUGUGCCCGGAUCUGACCUUCAUCGAGGCGUGUCUACGCUGUCUGAGGACAGUCUUCAUCAGUCCUGUCACACCCGUGCAGCUGCUCUACACUGACCCCACUGUGAUCCCCCACCUCAUGUCGCUGCUGAGUCGGUCUCAGAGAACGCAGGAGUACAUCACACAAAUCUUCUCCCACUGCUGCAAGACCCCAGAGCACCAGACGGUCCUGUACAGCCACGCUGCCAUCCAGAACAUCGCUCCCCUCCUCAUCUCUCCGUCUUACAAGGUACGGAUGCAGGCACUCAAGUGCUUCUCGGUCUUAGCCUACGAGAACACUCAGGUCUCCAUGACGUUGGUGAAUGUUCUCGUGGAUGGGGAGCAGCUCUCUCAGGUUUUUGUCAGAAUGAUGCAAAGGGAUCGACCCAUUGAGAUGCAGCUCACUGCAGCCAAAUGCCUAACGUACAUGUGUCGAGCAGGAGCCAUAAGGACAGACGACAACUGCAUCAUUUUAAAGACGCUGCCCUGCCUGGUGCGCAUGUGCAGUAAGGAGCGGCUGCUGGAGGAGCGGGUGGAGGGGGCGGAGACGCUGGCGUACCUGAUGGAGCCCGACGUGGAGCUGCAGCGCAUCGCCAGCGUCACAGACCACCUGGUCGCCAUGCUGGCCGACUACUUCAAAUACCCCAGCUCCGUCAGCGCCAUCACCGACAUCAAGAGGCUGGACCAUGAUCUGAAGCACGCUCACGAGCUGCGCCAGGCCGCCUUCAAGCUCUACGCUUCCCUGGGGGCCAACGACGAGGACAUCCGCAAGAAGAUCACGGAGACGGAGAACAUGAUGGACAGGAUCGUCAGCGGCCUGUCAGAGUCCAGCAUCAAGGUGCGGUUAGCAGCCGUCAGGUGUCUACACAGCCUCUCUCGCUCGGUGCAGCAGUUGAGGACGAGUUUCCACGACCACGCUGUCUGGAAGCCGCUCAUGAAGCUGUUACAGAACGCCCCUGAUGAGGUGCUGGUCAUGGCCUCUUCCACACUAUGCAACCUGCUGCUGGAGUUCUCCCCCAGCAAAGAGCCCAUCCUGGAGUCGGGGGUGAUCGAGCUGCUCUGCAGCCUGACGCAGAGCGACAGCCCAGCGCUGAGGGUCAACGGAAUCUGGGCUCUCAUGAACAUGGCGUUCCAGGCGGAUCAGAAGGUGAAGGUGGAGAUCGUACGGGCGCUGGGCACGGAGCAGCUCUUCCGCCUGCUGUCGGACCCCGACCCCAACGUGCUGAUGAAGACCCUGGGGCUGCUGAGGAACCUGCUGUCCACACGCCCGCACAUAGACCAGAUCAUGAGCUCCCACGGCAAGCAGAUCAUGCAGGCCGUCACCCUUAUCCUGGAGGGGGAGCACAGCAUCGAGGUCAAGGAGCAGACGCUGUGCAUCCUGGCCAACAUCGCCGACGGCAACACGGCCAAGGAGCUCAUCAUGACCAACGACGACAUGCUGCAGAAAAUCAAAUACUACAUGGGACACUCGAAUGUAAAGCUGCAGCUGGCCGCCACCUUCUGCGUCUCCAACCUCAUCUGGAACGAGGAGGACGGUGAGGGCGUCGCCAUGACAGGGUCCCAGGAGCGGCAGGACAAGCUGAGGGAGAUGGGCUUCGUGGACGUCCUGCACAAGCUCACCCAGGCCUCGGACCCGAACCUCUGCGACAGGGCGAAGACAGCGAUGCAGCAGUACCUGGCAUGACAGUGGGCGGGACAGGAAGUGAACAAUCGCCGGGAGCUCAACUUCCGCGUUCCUUUAUUUUUCCAGUUUUGUUUCCUUUUAGUUUUGUUGCACAAGACACCUUUUUGAGCCCCGGCUCAAACAACCCCCCCACCCCCCCCACUUCAC